CGCGGUUGAGGUGAAUUCAGCGUACUCGGGCUUGGAUCGACUCGACGGUGAUUGGUUCGGCUGAAUUGUUUGGCAAGCGGAGCCGAACCGGCGAACACGGUCACUCAUCGUCACUCUUAACGCUAGAGAUAUCCGAGGUGCCUCUCCGCGUACACCUUUAACUCAAAUUUCUAUCUCUCAAGCUUCAGCCACUCUCUUUAGUAUCGCAGGUCUCGCUCAAAGCCUCUUAUUUUUCCACUUAUCCGGAUAGUCUGCGAAAAAUCGCCCGUCGGAAGGAUCUCGCAGCUCGCGUCGCGUCAAGCGCGAGCACUAUUGCUUUCUCUGAACCCCAACCACUUGCACGAGGAAUUACAAACCAAGCUUGAAUAUUCGGACAUGGCUCCAUCACUCAACCACCCAGCAGGUGUUACCUUUAUCGACGACGAGCAGCAGAGGCCGGUGCAUUCAGAAGCAGAUGAAUACUAUGGCGGCCAGGAGCAGUUUAGUCGCGGACGAACAUACAGCGCCUCUUUUGCUCACGGUUAUCACCCCAAGAGAGUCCCUCAGUUUGGCGAUGAGUGGCAUCGACGAGCUAGGCGGCUGUCUCACGAUGAGAAAAGCACUACUACUCCCCGCCGGUUCUUGAUCGAUGUAGAGGAGACCAUACGUGUCGUUCUGGAGCAAGAGGACACUGAUGGAGACUUCCAAAUCAGUAUCACCGACGCCGGCCCUAAGCUGAUACCGUUGGGCACCGCUACGAGCAACGGCUUCAAGACCUUCGAUAUCCGAGGAACGUAUAUGCUGUCCAAUUUGCUGCAAGAACUCGCUCUUGCUCGAGAUCAUGGCCGCAAGCGUAUCGUCUUGGACGAGGCUCGCCUGACGGAGAACCCUGUCGAUCGUCUCUCGCGAAUGAUCAAAAAUUCGUUCUGGCAUGCACUUACUCGUCGCAUUGACGGUGACGGUCUUGAGAUUAUCUGCGCAGACCCAAAGAACCGUACUGGACGCAUCAACCCGCGCAUCUAUGUCCCGCACGGCGAGCCAGGCAUGGCUGAGUACUACAGGAAGGUAGCGAGAGAGAAGCCUCAUCUGAAUCUCGACGUGAAAAUGUUGCCGCCGAAGUGCGACGAUCCAAACUUCGUGAAGAGUUUGAACGACAAGCCUGGUAUCUUGGCUCUUGCGAUGAACGAGGUCGAUGAUCCCAAGGGAGGAAAGACCCUGAAAGGUGUUCCUUUCAUCGUUCCCGGUGCUCGGUUCAAUGAGCUGUAUAACUGGGAUUCCUACUUCAUCUCCCUAGGUCUCCUUAUCGACGGUCAAGUAAACAUGGCGAAGGGCAUGGUUGACCACUUCAUCUUCGAGAUCAAGCAUUACGGCAAGGUCCUGAACGGCAGCCGCAGCUACUAUCUCUGUCGUACCCAGCCACCGUUCCUCACGGACAUGGCCUUGCAAAUUUACAACCAACUCGACCGCUCUGAUGUCGAGGCCAACCGUUCAUGGCUGAAGCGUGCUAUUCGGGCGGCGAUCAAGGAUUACCACACCAUCUGGGUUGCUGAACCUCGCAUGGACCCGAAGACCGGCCUGUCGAGAUAUCGCCCCGACGGCAUCGGCAUCCCUCCUGAGACCGAGGCGACGCACUUCACGCACAUCCUUGAGCCGUACGCACACAAACACGGGCUAUCGAUAAACGAGUUCAGCGAGAAGUACAACGACGGGAUCAUCAAAGAGCCCGGGCUCGACGAGUACUUUCUGCAUGACCGUGCCGUGCGCGAGUCGGGCCACGACACGACGUACCGCUUCGAGAAGCGAUGUGCGAACCUGGGCACGAUCGACCUCCAGACGCUACUGUACAAGUACGAAGUCGAUAUCGGCACUGCCAUCCGCGAGGUCUUUGACGACGAGCUCGAGCUCGACGAAGACUUCGACCUCGCGCCUUGGCCUGUCACACCCGAGACUUACGCGAACCCGCAUCGCAAGCAGUCACGCUCCCGGCCGCAGACGAGCGCGGAGUGGUUCGAGCGUGCGGAGUGGCGGAGGAGCAUCAUUGACAAGUACUGCUGGAACGAAAGCAAGAGCCUCUACUUCGACUACGACACCGUCCAGGAGAAGCAGAGCUUGUACGAGAGUGUGACCGCUUUCUGGGCUCUCUGGGCCGGUUGUGCAAGCGAGGAGCAGGCGUGGAAGCUCUUGUCGAACUCGCUGAAGAAAUUCGAGGUUCUUGGUGGUCUUGCCUCAGGAACGGAGGAGUCAAGGGGUAAGAUUUCGCUCGACCGUCCUAACCGUCAAUGGGACUACCCAUACGCAUGGCCUCCUCACCAGAUCAUGACCUGGGUUGGCCUUGAGCGGUACGGUUACCUCGAGGAGGCGCAACGACUCGCGUACCGGUGGAUGUACAUGAUGACCACUGCGUUCGUCGACUUCAACGGCGUCGUCCCCGAGAAGUUCGACGCAGUCAAGCUAUCACACCUUGUCGACGCCGAGUACGGCAACCAGGGUAUCGACUUCAAGAUGGUCCCUCGCGAAGGCUUUGGUUGGAUGAACGCUGCGUACCAGGUCGGCCUCUCCUACCUCUCAACUGGUAUGCGCCGUGCCGUCGCCGCGUGCACGAGCCCUGAGGUUUUCUUCGGCAACACUGCGAUGCUACAGCCACAGCAGACGACGUUCAACACGGACCCGCUUAACCUUGCAAUGGACACGCUCUACCUCAGCGACCCGCCCGCGCACGAGCCGAUCUCACCCUCGUACUAAUCCCGUCCCAAGACUCCUACUCUGUGCGACUGGGGUUCCGAAUCCCCAAACGAUCAGACAUACACAUUCGUCCUUUCGCUACGCCCCAUGUAAUUCCGUUGGGCCCCAGGCUUCCCGAAGCGCUUUCUACUUAUCAAGCGUCUAUCUUCUCUUCCCCGUCUUGUCUUUCUUUUGCACUUGUCACUCCCGUCGGUCAAAGUAUCUCAAAGGACAUUCCUGAGGACGUUCGCAGUAUAGAAACCCUUCCACGUAUCACAUAGAUUGUUCUCUUUCCCGCCACGUUUCCCUCUUCAAACUGUAAGUGGUAGUACAAAACGGCUCCAUACUUCUCACAUGUAACAACAAAUUACAUCUUCCACUAAUGAUGAUUACAUGGGAAUAGUUCAUCUAAUGUGGGGCAGUGCACGGAUAUGCAGCGGUGAUUAUUAUUCGGAACUACAGUGCAUUUAACGGGCAAUGAGAAUACACGCAUGUGCUACGGGCACCUACUGUUAUCGUGUAUUUGACUCGUGUUUGCGGCGCGUAUCUUCUGUGGGAAGUUGCCAAAUUCCCAACUGUAACAUUCCUGCACAUUGCCGUAAGUUCA